CUCACGUGAUAUUGCAGUCACGUGACCUGGGCCUUGCUGGAGCGGAGGUGUGCGUUCCAGCUCCGGGAAUCGGAGGGGGCCGGGAGUGCUCGCCCCAUCCCAGCCCCUAUCCUGACGCUACCAUGUUGUCCCGCCUGCUGAAGGAGCACCAGGCCAAGCAGAAUGAACGCAAGGAGCUGCAGGAGAAGAGGAGGCGAGAGGCCAUCACUGCAGCGACCUGCCUGACAGAAGCUUUGGUGGAUCACCUCAAUGUGGGGCCUGGGGAGCAGCUGUCAGGAAGGAGAUGGCACAGCUGUGUGGCCCAAGCCUACAUGAACCAGAGAAAGCUGGACCAUGAGGUGAAGACCCUGCAGGUUCAGGCCGCCCAGUUUGCCAAGCAGACAGGCCAAUGGAUCGGGAUGGUGGAGAACUUCAACCAGGCACUCAAGGAAAUCGGGGAUGUGGAGAACUGGGCUCGGAGCAUCGAGCUGGACAUGCGCACCAUUGCCACCGCCCUGGAAUACGUCUACAAAGGACAGCUGCAGUCGGCCCCAUCUUAACCCCUCUUCCAUCCCCCUCUACUCUGCUCCUCCUACCUCCCCAUGGGGCAGAGGUGGGGCUGACAGCCCACGAAUAAAACACAAGCUUCCAUUUCUC